ACGAGCGAAACUCCGUCUGAAAAAAAAGAAAACAAAAAUUAGCCGCGCGUAGUGGCGGGCGUUUGUAAUCCCAGUUACUCGGGAGGCUGAGGCAGAUAAUUACUUGAACUCCGAAGGCGGAAGUUGCAGUGAGCCAAGAUCGUGCCAAUGUACUCCAGCCUGGGUGACAAAGCAAGAUUCCGUCUCAAAAACAACAACAAAAACCUGGAAAACAGACGCGAUCAGAGCGAGGCCGAAAAAAGCGAAGCUCCCUCACCCCUCCUCCUCCAGGUUCCCGGCAUCCCCCGCAAGCCGGUUUCUGCAGACCCGGAAGUGAAUCCUGCAUAUCCGGAAGUGAAUCCCGCCGAGUGACCUCUCGCCUGCUGUUUCCUCAAAACUCGGAAGCGGGUCGCGUGUGGUGACGGUGUUGCAGCCUCGCGAUUAGCUUGUAAUGUCUCUUUCAUCUCACCUAAGGAAGUAGCCUGGAAGAGGAGGAAGAGGAAAGGAGGAGUCAGGAAUGACUCUGACUCAGUGUUGAUUUCUAAAGACUUGUGAGGAAGCAGCUCAGAAGAGGAAAGAAAAGGAGCCCGGCAUGGCUCUUCCUCAGGGUCUAUUGACAUUCAGGGAUGUGACCAUAGAAUUCUCUCAGGAGGAGUGGAGAUGCCUGGACCCUGCUCAGAAGACUUUAUACAGGGACGUGAUGCUGGAGAACUACAGGAACCUGGUCUCCCUGGCUACUUACUUACAGAGUGGCAAGGUCUUUAAUCAGAAGCGACAGCUUUUCCGCCAUCGUAGACCUCAUACUGGAGAGAGACCUUACAAGUGUAAUGAGUGUGGCAAAACCUUCCGUCAGAUGGCAAAUCUUGUAUGUCAUCAUAGACUUCAUACUGGAGAGAAACCUUACAAGUGUAAUGUAUGUGGCAAGACCUUCAGUCAGACGUCAUACCUUUUUUACCAUCGUAGACAUCACACUGGAGAGAAACCUUACAAGUGUAAUGAGUGUGGCAAGACCUUCAAUCAAAAGUCAUCCCUCACAUACCAUCAUAGACGUCAUACUGGAGAGAAACCUUACAAGUGUAAUGAAUGUGGCAAGGUUUUUAAUCAAAAAGCACACCUUAAAUGUCAUCAUAAAGUUCAUACUGGAGAGAAACCUUACAAGUGUAAUGAGUGUGACAAGACCUUCAGUCAGAGGUCAUCCCUUACAUGCCAUCGUAGACUUCAUACUGGAGAGAAACCUUACACGUGUAAUGAGUGUGGCAAGACCUUCCGUCAGUAUUCAGCCCUUGUAAACCAUAAGGCAAUUCAUACUGGAGAGAAACCUUACAAGUGUAAUGAGUGUGGGUUGAUUUCUAAAGACUCAUGUGAGGAAGCAGCUCAGAAGAGGAAAGAAAAGGAGCCGGGCAUGGCUCUUCCUCAGGGAUGCUUGACUUUCAGGGAUGUGGCUGUAGAAUUCUCUUUGGCGGAGUGGAAAUGCCUGACCCCUGCUCAGAGGGCUUUAUACAGGGACGUGAUGUUGGAGAACUACAGGAACCUGGAGUCUGUGGAUAUCUCUUUCAAAUGCAUGAUGAAGAAGUUCUCAUUAACAGCACAGGGCACUACAGAAAUGCUCCACACAGGGACAUUGGAAACGCAUGAGAGUCAUCACACUGGACACUUUUGCUUCCAGGAAAUUGAGAAAGAUACUCAUGACUUUGAGUUCCAGUGGGAAGAAGAGGAAAGAAGUAGCCAUGAAACUCCCGUGACAAAAAUCAAAAAGUUGACUAGUAGUACAGAGCGAUGCGAUCAAAGGCAGGCUGGAAACAAGCCUGUUAAAGGUGAGCUUGGAUUGAGCUUUCAUUCCCAUCUCCCUGAACUGCACGUAUUCCAGACUGAAGGGAAAGUUGACAAUCAAGUGGAGGAGUCUCUUAACGAUGCUUCCUCAGUUUCAACAUCCCAAAGAAUGUAUUGUAGGCCCCAAACCCUUAUUUCGAAUAAGUAUGAAAAUAAUUUCCUCUAUGCUUCACUACUCACACAACAACAGGAAGUACAUAUGAGAGAAAAGUCUUUCCCAUGUAAUGAGAAUGGCAAAGCCCUUCAUUGUAGCUCACUCUUAAGGAAACAUGAGACAAUCCAUUUAGGAGAGAAACAAUAUGAAUGUGAUGUAUGUGGAAAGGCCUUUAAUCAGAAGCGAUACCUCGGACGCCAUGGUAGGUGUCACACUGGUGAGAAACCUUACCAGUGUCAUGAGUGUGGCGUGAACUUCACUCAGCAGUCAAUCCUCACACGCCAUAGUAGACUUCAUACUGGAGAGAAACCUUCCAAGUGUAAUAAAUGCAGCAAGACCUUUGGUCGAAAUUCAGCACUUGUGAUUCCUAAGGCAGUUCAUACAGGACAGAAACCUUACAAGUGUAAUGAAUGUGGCAAGGUUUUUAAUCAACCAUCAAACCUUGCAAGUCAUCAUAGACUUCAUGCUGGAGAGAAACCUUACAAAUGUGGAGACUGUAACAAAGCUUUUACUCGGAAAUCAGACCUUAAAAGACAUAGGAAAAUUCAUGGAGAAAAAGCAUACAAAUGUGAGGUCUGUGACAAGGCUUUCAGGCGUCAUUCACACCUGUCACAACAUACUAGAACCCACACUAGGGAGAAACCUUACAAGUGUAAUGAAUGUGGCAAGUUUUUUAAUCAGCAAUCAAACCUUUCAAGUCAUCAUAGAGUUCAUACUGGAGAAAAACCUUACAAAUGUGAAGAAUGUGACAAAGUUUUCAGAUGGAAAUCAGACCUUGGAAGACAUAGAAGAAUUCAUACCGGAGAGUCACCAUACAAAUGUAAGGUGUGUGACAAGGCUUUCAGGCGUGGUUCACACCUGGCACAGCAUACUAGAAUCCACACUGGAGAGAAACCUUACAAGUGUAAUGAAUGUGGCAAAACCUUCAGUCAGAUGUCGUCGCUUGUAUUCCAUCGUAGACUUCAUACUGGAAAGAAACCUUAGACAUGUCACACUCGUGAGAAAUCUUACACAUGUAAUGAGUGUGGCAAGAGCUUCAGUCGGAAGUCAACCCUUACACGCCACUGUAGACUUCACACUGGAGAGACACCUUACAAGUGUAAUGAGUGUGGCAAGACCUUUGUUAGAAAUUCAGCCCUUGUAAUUCAUACGGCAAUUCAUACUGGAGAGAAACCUUACAAGUGUAAGGAGUGUGGCAAAGCCUUUCGAGGGCAGUCAACACUUACUUACCAUCAGUCCACCCAUGGUAUAGAGAAACUUUUCAAGUGUAAUGAUUGUCAUCACGUCUUCAGUAACGCUACAACCAUUGCAAGGCAUUGGAGAAUCCAUAAUAAAGAAAGAUCUUACAAGUGUAAUAAAUGUGGCAAGUUUUUCAGACAUCGUUCAUACCUUACAGUUCAUCGGCGAACUCACACUGGAGAGAAACCUUACAAAUGUGAAGAAUGUGAUGCAGUUUUCACCUGCAAAUCAAACCUUGAAAUGCAUAGAAGAAUUCAUACUGGAGAGAAACCUUACAGGUGUAAGGAGUGUGGCAAGACCUUCAGUCAGAAGUCAUCCCUUACACGCCAUCAUAGCAUUCAUACUGGAGAGCAACCUUACAAGUGUAAUGAGUGUGGCAAGGUUUUUAAUCGACAAGCAUACCUUGCAUGUCAUCAUAGAGUUCAUACUGGAGAGAAACCUUACAAGUGUAAUGAGUGUGGCAAGGCCUUCAGUCAGAAGUCAGCCCUUACAUAUCAUCGUAGACUUCAUACUGGAGAGAAACCUUACAAAUGUCAUGAGUGUGGCAAGACCUUUUGUCACAAGUCAUCCCUUACAUGCCAUCAUAGAAUUCAUACUGGAGAGAAACCUUACAAGUGUAAUGAAUGUGGCAAGGUUUUUAAUCGACAAGCACACCUUGCACGCCAUCAUAGGGUUCAUACUGGAGAGAAACCUUACAAAUGUGAAGAAUGUGACAAAGCUUACAGUCGCAAAUCAAGUCUUAAAGGACAUAGGAGAAUUCAUACUUGAGAGAAACCUUACAAACGUAAGAUUUGUGAGAAAGCUUUCAGGCAUGAUUCACACCGGGCACAACAUACUCAAAUUCACACUAGAAUGAUUGUCACCAAGUCUUCAUGUAAUCAAUUUCGCAAAUGUUUUAGACAUUGUUCAUACCUUUCAGUUCAUUGGCGAACUCAUAUUCGAGAUAAUGCUUACAAAUGUCAUAACUGUGGCAAGGUCUUCAGUCAUUCUCAUCUUAUGCAAAACGGAAAAAUUCAUACAGAAGAGAAACCUCACAAAUGUGAUUAUUGCAGCAAAGCCUUCAAUUCACGUUCACACCUUAUUAGAUAUUAGAGAAUCCAUACUGGCAUACCUUACAAAUGUCAUAAGUGUCACAAGGUCUUCAGGCAGAGGUCACUGCUUGCAGAACAUUGGAAAAUUCAUUUUUGGCCGGGCACGGUGGCUCUCACCUGUAAUCCCAGCACUUUGGGAGGCCGAGGCGGGUGGAUCACAAGGUCAAGACAUCGAGAUCAUCCUGGUCAACAUGAUAUCUCUUCCAAAUACAAGAUGAAGGGGCUCUUGUCAACAGCACAAGGCGAUACAGACGGGUUCCACACAGGGAUAUUAGAUAGACAUGAAAGUCAUCACAUGGGAGAUUUCUGCUUCCAGGAAAUUGACAGAGAUAUUCGUGAUUUUGAGUGUAGAAAUAGCCAUGAGGCGCUCAUGAGAAAAGUUGAAAAGCUUCCUUGUGGUACAGACCAAGAUGACGAAAGGCACGCUGGCAACAAGCCUGUUACGGAUCAGCUGGGAUUAAGCUUUCAUUCGCAUUUGCCUGAACUGCACAUAUUUCGGACGGAAGGGAAAUUCGGUAAUCAAGUUGAGAAAUCUAUCAAUGAUGUUUUCUCAGUUUCAGCGCCAGAAAUCAUUUCUUGUAGGCCCCAAACCCAUAUUUCUAAUAACUUUGACAACAAUUUCCUCCGUUCUUCGUUACUCACACAAAACCCGAAAGUUCAUGUGAGAGAAGAAUCUUUCCAAUGUCAUGAGAAAGAAGCCUCUAACUAUAGCUGCCUCUUGAGGAAAUACCAGAUAAUCCAUUUAGGAGAGAAACAAUAUGAAUGUGAUGUGUGUGGAAAGGCCUUUAAUCAGAAGCCAUACCUUGUACGCCAUCGUAGAUGUCACACUCGUGAGAAACCUUACCAGUGUAAUGAGUGUGGCAAGAGCUUCAGUUGGAAGUCAGCCCUUACACGCCACUGUAGACUUCACACUGGAGAGAAACCUUACAAGUGUAAGGAGUGUGGCAAAGCCUUUCGAGGGCAGUCAACACUUACUUACCAUCAGUCCACCCACAGUAUAGGGAAACUUUUCAAGUGUAAUGAUUGUCUUCACGUCUUCAGUAACGCUACAACCAUUGCAAGGCAUUGGAGAAUCCAUAAUGAAAGAUCUUACAAGUGUAAUCAAUGUGGCAAGUUUUUCAGACAUCGUUCAUACCUUGCAGUUCAUCAGGGAAUUCAUUCUGGAGAGAAACCUUACAGGUGUCAUGAGUGUGGCAAGACCUUCAGUCGGAUGUCAUACCUUAAACGCCAUCAUAGAAUUCAUACUGGAGAGAAACCGUACAAGUGUAAUGAGUGUGGGAAGACCUUCCGUCAGAAGUCAUCCCUUACAUGCCAUCAUAGAAUUCAUACUGGAGAGAAACCUUACAAGUGUAAUGAAUGUGGCAAGGUUUUUAAUCGACGAACACACCUUUUACAUCAUCAUAGACGUCAUACUGGAGAGAAACCUUACAGAUGUCAUGAGUGUGGCAAGAGCUUCCGUCAGAUGUCAACCCUUACCUGCCAUCAUAGAAUUCAUACUAGAGAGCAACGUUACAAGUGUAAUGAGUGUGGCAAGGUUUUUAAUCAACAAGCACACCUUUCACAUCAUCAUAGACUUCAUACUGGAGAGGAACCUUACAAAUGUGAAAAAUGCCACAAAAUUUACAGUAGCAAAUCAAGUCUUAAAAGACAUAGGAGAAUUCACACUGGAGAGAAACCUUACAAGUGUAAUGAGUGUGGCAAGAGCUUCCGUCAGAAGUCAACCCUUACUUGCCAUCAUAGAGUUCAUACUGGAGAGAAACCUUACAAGUGUAAUGAGUGUGGCAAGGUUUUUAAUCGACAAGCACACCUUUCACAUCAUCAUAGACUUCAUACUGGAGAGGAACCUUACAAAUGUGAAAAAUGCCACAAAAUUUACAGUAGCAAAUCAAGUCUUAAAAGACAUAGGAUAAUUCACACUGGAGAGAAACCUUACAAGUGUAAUGAGUGUGGCAAGAGCUUCCGUCAGAAGUCAACCCUUACAUACCAUUAUAGACUUCAUACUGGAGAGAAACCUUACAAAUGUGAAGAAUGUGACAAAACUUUCAGGCGCAAAUCACACCUUGAAAGUCAUAGAAGAAUUCAUACUGGAGUGAAACCUUACAAACGUUAGAUUUGUAACAAGGCUUUUGGGCGUGAUUGACACCUGGCACCAUACUAAAAUUCACACUAGAGAGAAACCUUACAGGUUUAAUGAGUGUGGCAGAACCUUUAGUGCGCAGUCAACACUUACUUAACACCAUGAAGCAAUCCAUGGUAUAGGGAAACUUUUCUAAUGUAAUUAUUGUCACCCAGUCUUCAGUAACGCUACAACCAAUGUGCAUCCUCCAAUGCAAAUCAUUGGAGCAUCCAUAAUGAAUGGAUUCUUGCAAGUGUAAUCAAUUUCGCAAAUGUUUUAGACAUUGUUCAUACCUUUCAGUUCAUUGGCGAACUCAUACUCGAGAUAAUGCUUACAAAUGUCACAACUGUGGCAAGGUCUUCAGUCAAUUCUCAUCCCAUGCAAAACGGAAAAAUUCAUACAGAAGAGAAACCUCACAAAUGUGAUUAUUGCGGCAAAGCCUUCACUGCACGUUCACACCAUAUUAGAUAUUAGAGAAUCCAUACUGGACAGAAAACUUGCAAAUGUCGUAAGUGUCAUAAGGUCUUCAGGAAGAGGUCACUGCUUGCAGAACAUUGGAAAAUUCAUUUUUGGCCAGGCGCAGUGGCACUCGCCUGUAAUCCCAGCACUUUGGGAGGUCGAGGUGGGUGGAUCACGAGGUGAAGACAUCGAGACCAUCCUGGUCAACAUGGUGAAACCCCGUCUCUACUAAAAAUACAAAAAAUUAGGUGGGCAUCGUGGUGCGUGCCUGUAGUCCCAGCUACUCGGGAGGCUGAGGAAGAAGAAUUGCCUGAACCCAGGAGGUGGAGGUUGCGGUGAGCUGAGAUUGCACCAUUUCACUCCAGCCUGGGUAACAAGGGCGAAACUUUGUCUCAGAAAAAAAAAAAAAAGAAACAAAAAUCCAUUUUUGAGAUAAUGUUCUUAGAUGCGAUGAGUCUAGCAAACCAUCAAACAUUAAUUGACAUUAGAGUCAAUUCAGCAUUGACUUGAGUCUGAGUUGACUUAACAUUGAGUUUCAACAUUAAUUGAUAUGUAAGUGUUAAGAGGAUUGGACUGGAUGGGGUGGCUCACAUCUGUAUUCUUAGCACUUUGGGAGGCAAAGACAGGUACAUCCUGUGAGUUUAGUUUAAGACCAGCCUGGGCAACAGAUGUAAGCCACUUUUCCCAGCCUGUGUUUUGUUUCUUUAGAAAUCUGAUAGAGGUUUUUGUGGGUAUUGUGUUGAAUCCAGAUCACAUUGGGUUUUACAGUCAUUCAAUAAUGUUUCUCCGAUCCAUCAAUAUGGGUUGUAUCUCUAUAUAUUUCUUUAAUCAUUUUGAUGAAUGUUUGUAGAUUUCAUGGUACAAACUUCUCACCUUCUACAUUUACUCCUAAGUAUUUCUUACUUUAAGUUCUCUAGCAAAUAGAUGUGUGUUUUUAAUUUCUUUUAAAAUUCUUUGUUUUAUGAAAAUUCACCUGAUUUUAAGUGCUAACUUUGUAUUCUGCAGUUACACUAAAUAUGUUUAUUUUACCAAUAAUAUUUUCAUUGAUUCUUUGAGAUUUCCUUUUCUUGCUUUCUUUUCUUUUUUUUUUUUUUUUUUUGAGAGGCAGUGUCAGUCUUUCCGCUCGAGCUGGAGUGCAAUGGUGUGAGCUUGGCUCGCUGCAGCCUCCACCUCCUGAGUUAAGUGUUUCUCCUACCUCAGCCUCCUGAGCAAGUGGAAUGAUAGGUACCCCCCACCACGCCUGCUACUUCUUUUUUAUUUCUAGUAGAGAUGGGGUUUUACCGUGUUGACCAUGUUGGUUUUGAACUUCUAACUUCAGGUGAUCCUCCCGUUUUAGCCUCCCAUAAUGCUGGGAUUACAAGUGUAAGCCACUGUGCCGAGCGAAUGAUGUUCUACAUAGAAAGUCAUGUCAUGUGCAAACACACACUCACACAUUUUUUUUUUUUUCUUGACACGGAGUUUGACUGUUGUUACCCAGACAGGAGUGCAAUGGCACAAUCUCGGCUCGUCGCAAACUCCGCCUCCUGGGUUCGAGCAAUUUUCCUGCCUCAGCCUCCCGAGUAGCUGGGACUUCAGGUGCGCACCACCAUGCCCAGCUAAUUUUUGCAUUUUUAGUAGAGACGAGCUUUCACCUUGUUGACCAGGAUGGUCUCCAUCUCUUGACCUCGUGAUCCACCCGCCUCAGUCUGCGAAAGUGCUGGGAUUAUAGGCGUGAGACCCGGUGCCCGGCUACAUUUUUUUUUUACAGUCAUUCUGUUGCCAGCCUGGAGUGCCAUGGCACAAUUUCUGCUCACUGCAUCCUCCGCCUCCUGUGUCCAAGCAGUUCUCCUGUUUCAGCCUCCUGAGUAGCUGGGACUGAAGGCUUGCACCACCACACACAACUGAUUUUGUUGUUUUGUUUUUCUUUUUUGUAUUUCAGUAGAGACAGGAUUUCACCAUGUUGGCAGGAUGGUCUUCUAUUUCCUAACCUUGUGGUCCACCUGCCUCAGCCUCCCAAGUGCUGAGAUUACGGUGUGAGUCACCUCGUCUGGACCUGACAAAUAUAACUUUACUUCUUUCUGAUUUGGAUGAGUUUCAUUUUUUGCUAUUUAAUUGCUCUGGCUAGGACAGCCAGUACUUCUUGAAUAGAAGGGAUGAGAGCAUUCUUGCAUCAUGUGAGAUUCUGCAGGAAAAGCAUUUCAUUUUCCCUUGUUGGUUAUUUCACUCUGGUCAUUGCAUGGAUAGUCUUUAUAUUUUUGAAGUAAAUUUCUUUCUUUUUUUUUUUUUUUUUUUUUAACGGAGUUUUUCACUUCUGUUACCCAGGCUGGAGUGCAAUGGCGCGAUCUCGGCUCACCGCAACCUCCGCCUCCUGGGUUCAGGCAAUUCUCCUGCCUCAGCCUCCCGAGUAGCUGGGAUUACAGGCAUGCGCCACUUUGCCCAGCAAAUUUUUUGUAUUUUUAGUAGAGACGGGAUUUCACCAUGUUGACCAGGAUGAUCUGGAUCUCUUUACCUCAUGAUCCUCCCGCCUCAGCAUCCCGAACUGCUGGGAUUACAGGCUUGAGCCACCAUGCUCGGGCUCAGGUAUACUUUUUAUCUAUUUUGCUUAGGAUUAUUUUCAAGGAAGAAUGUUGAAUUUUCUUAAAUGAUUUUUUUUUUUGCUUUCGAGACAGUUUCGCUCUUGUUACCCAGGCUGGAGUGCAAUAGCGCAAUCUCAGCUAACUGCAACCUCUGCCUUCUGGGUUCAGGCAAUUCUCCUGCCUCAGCCUCCUGAGUAGCUGGGAUUACAGGCACGUGCCACCGUGCUCAGCUAAUUUUUUGUAGUUUUAGUACAGACAGGGUUUCACCAUGUUGACCAGGAUGGUCUUGAUCUGUUCACCUCGUGAUCCACCUACCUCAGCCUCCCAAAGUGAUGGGAUUACAGGCGUGAGCCACCGCACUCAGCCGAUGUUUCUUGAUCUUUUGAGAUGGUGCGGUUUUUAUCUGUCAUUCUGUGCAAAUGGUAUAUCACAUGGAUUUGAGUACAUUGAACCAUCCUUGCAGCCCAUGAAUAAGUAGAACUUGAAUAUGUACAAUUCCUUUGAAUAUGUACAAACUUGAAUUCAGUUUGCUAGUACAAGGAUCUUCAAGAAGUUCAUGGAAAAAUACAUAAUUAUGAACAAUUUAUGCAUGAAUUUCACACUGGUUGCACCAAAACAGACCAGAAAAAACUUGUUAUAACAUGUCUGAACAGGCUUUAAUUUGAGGCACUCAGAAGGAUAAGACCAGAGUUUGAAAAGAGCCUGUACGAGGGGAAUACAAAUUAUGCUAAAAUUGAAGCAAGGAGUAACAUUAAGUAUAUGAUACAAUCAGAUGCAGUGGCUCAGGCCUGAAAUUCCAGUGCUGUCAGAGGCUGAGGAAGGUGGUUUCCAUUAGCCUAGGGUUUCAAGACUAGCCUGGGCGACAGGGGGACCUCCUCUCUGCUAAAAAUUAACAAAAAAUUGGCCAAGUGUGGUAGUGCACACCUGUGGUCCCAGCUACUCAGGUUGCUCAAGUGGGAGGAUGGCUUGAACCAGGGAAUUCGACGCUGCAGUGAUUCCUGAUUUCCGCACUGUACUCCAGCUUGGGUGACAGAGCUGGACCCUGUCUCAAGCAAAUAAAUGAGAGGCAUAAUUUCUCCUUAGAAAAUAGAGGAAAAAGUUUUCUUUUGUCGCUUUUCUUAGGAUAUUUAUUAACAACCUUUGUAAAUGCAUUUUCUCUGUCUUCUGAAGUGGUACUUUUCAGACACUAAACGUUUUUUCAGUUUACAAAGGUGAUCUAAGGAUGUCUUCUUAAAGGACUUAGGAGUUCUGUCUUUGAAAUGCAAACAACAAGAAACAUAGUACCUCGCAGGGUGUGGUGGCUCAUGCCUAUAAUCCUUGCAUUUUGGGAGGCCGAGGCGGGUGGAUGGAGGUCAGGAGAUGGAGACCAUCCUGGUCAUGGUGAAACCCCAUCUCUACUAAAAAUACAACAAAAUUAUCUGGGCGUGGUGGUGCAGCCUGUAGUCCCAGCUGCUCGGGAGGCUGCGGUAGGAGAAUUGCUUGAACGCAGGAGGCAGAGGUUGCGGUGAGCCGAGAUCGCGCCAUUGCACUCCAGCCUGGGAAAUAAGAGUGAAACUCCGUAUGAAAAAAAAAAAAAACCAAAAACAUAGUACCUCUAUCUCAGUGGUAAAUUAAGUAAUUCAAAAUUAGGUUGGGUGUGGUGGCUCACGCCUAUAAUUUCACUUCUUUGGGAGGCUGAGGUACGGGGAUCACCUGAGGUCAGGGGUUCGAGACCAGUGUGACCAACAAAAUGAAAGCCCAUGUCUACUAGAUACAAAACAUUAGCCUGGUGUGGUGGCGCAUGCGUGUUUUUCCAGUGACUUUGGAGGCUGAGGCAAGAGUAUUGCUUGAACCCAGGAGGCCGAUGUUGCAUUGAGUGGAGAUUGUGCCAUUGCACUCUAGCCUGGGUAAUGAAAGAAAUUCCGUCUUAAAAAAAAAGAACACAGCUGGGCGUGGUGGCUCAAGCAUGUAAUCCUAGCACUUUGGGAGGCCGAGGUGGGUGAAUCACGAGGUCAAGACAUCGAGGCCAUCCUGGUCAACAAGGUGGAAACCUUGUGUCUACUAAAAAUACAAAAAUGAGCUGGGCAUAGUGGUUCCUGCCUGCAAUCUAAGCUACUUGGAGGCAGGAGAAUUGCCUGAACCCAGGAGGUGGAGGUUGUGGUGAGCCGAGAUCGCGCCAUUGCACUCCAGUCUGAGUAACAACAGCGAAACUCUGUCUGAAAAAUAAAAAAAAGAGGCACAGCCCUCCUUUUUCCACAGUGAGGAGUUCUAGGCCUCUGGUUUGCAGGGUGACUGCCACUGAACCGUCUAAUUGGUUUUGGAGGUGAGUGAUAGAGUCUGCUGUUUCUUCUAGUGAUGAUUCAAAGUCUCAGGAGAGUGACAGGAAAUGUGCUAAUGAGGUUUCUAGCUUCCUGCUUCUAACCUGACUAGUUGUGACUCUGAGGGCUGCUAAUAAGGGGAUGGACUGCAUUGCUCUUUCUGGGCGGAUUUGUAGUGCAGCAGGGACAGGGAGUUCCUCUUGGUUCAGAGCGACAAGGUUAAUGUUGGGGGUAAAAUCGACCAGGGUGCAAGCACCUGUCCAGUGGGUAGGAGACAGAAGUAGGUUGUGGGUCCGCAGAGGAAGAAGAUGCCUGCGGUGUUAAUGCAGACAGACGAGCGGAUUGAGAAUAGGUGUUGGGAUGUGUAGUUCCUCGUUUGGAGGGACUCGGUUCAGCUUCAGAAACCCAGAGUGAGGAGGAGAGAGACCCCUUUGAGACCUGCUGUCUGGGGAAGAGGUUUCCAUGUCUGAGAGGCAGGAGGGGAGGAAAUGCGGAGGGGCUGGGUAAAGAGGCCGUUGGCUUCAGGGGUCACUGAAUAAUUUACUGAGAGUGAGGUGUGGGAAGAGGAAUGACAGAUGGUCAGAUUUGAGGCAGGCAGAGGGAGGCAUGGUGCCUACGUGCCUUUGACUAUCCCAAGAGAUGACACAUAAGGGGGCCUGGCCAAGUCUCGCAGUGUGGAGGGCAAAGAACAUUGGAUGGCAGGGGAGGGAGCUUCGCAUGGUUGUAAUUGGCAGUGUAUGUGAAGAGAAGUUAGGAAACUCUGUUUGCAGGGCAGUGGGAUUGUUCCCAGUGAGGAUGAGGACUCUGUCCACAGAGGCAGAGCCUUUUUGAAUGGUGUAUGAAAAGCAAAUGAAAAUAUGGUCCCAGGGCUGAGAAACUGGGAGAGCUGAGCAGGCAGUAGAGGAAAGGGAAACGCAGGUCCAGCAACUGGAAGCAAGUGUAGAGCUGGGGUGCAGUAACAGGGAGUGAGGGAUCCAGAGAGCAUGGGAGUCUCUGUAACAAGGAGUGAGGGAUCCAGAGAGCAUGGGAGACUCAGUAGUGAGGGAUCCAGAGAGCGUGGGAGACUCAGUAACAAGGAGUGAGUGAUCCAGAGAGCGUGGGAGACUCAGUAACAAGGAGUGAGGGAUCCAGAGAGCAUGGGAGCCUCAGAAACGAGGAGUGAGUGAUCCAGAGAGCGUGGGAGCCUCUGUAACAAGUAGUGAGGGAUCCAGAGAGCUUGGGAGCCUCAGUAACAAGGAGUGAGAGACCCAGAGAGUGUGGGAGACUCAGUAACAAGGAGUGAGGGAUCCAGAGAGCAUGGGAGACUCAGUAACAAGGAGUGAGUAAUCCAGAGAGCGUGGGAGCCUUGGUAAAAAGUGAGUGAUCAACAGAGCGUGGGAGCCUCAGUAACCAGAAGUGAGGGAUCCAGAGAGCGUGGGAGCCUCAGUAACAAGGAGUGAGUGAUCCAGAGAGCUUGGGAGCCUCAGUAACAAGGAGUGAAUGAUGCACAGAGCCUUCGAGUCUUGUAGAAGUGAGAAGAAAAUCUGAAAGAGCAGAGGCUGUGGGUGACUAUUGGAAUGGGAUUCUGUAUCUGGGGGAAGGAGUUGGUGGGGCUGUACAGGGACGUGGUCUCCUCUAGAGAGUCUCUGAGGCAGCCAAUAACAUCACAUGGCUCAACAACUUCUCAUUGCAAACGAGCAAUGAAUAGGUGAGCUAGGACUGCAUGUUCGUGUGGAAAUGGGAGAGGGGAAGAUGUCUAAUAUUUGGUAUGCUUUGUGGGAAGGCUGUUCCUCGUCACGAGGCCUUGGCACCUGGAGCAGGGACAGCGGUGAUAUAUGGAGUUACCGCUCAUGAGUCUUCUUCGUGGAUGGGCGGAGGAUGGCAGUUGGCAGCUCAGUGGCUGCUUUGGGAGCUUUUUUUUUUUUUAAAGGGACAGGGUUUUACUAUGUUGGCCAGGGUGGUCUCAAACUCCUGACCUCAGGUGAUCAGCCCGCCUUGGCCUCCCAAAGUGCUGGGAUUACAGGCUUGAGCCACCGCGCCCGGCUUGGGAGCUCUUUUUAAUCGGGAAAGACGGUAUCAAGAGAUAGGUCCUGAGAGCCUGGCUGUGGUGGGGGUUAUAAGAAUAACUUGAAAAGGGCCUUCCCACUUUGGUUUAAGGCUUGCUGGGUUAAGAGUUUUUAGGAAGACAUGCUCUCCUGGUAGUUGAGUGUGGUUGGUGGGAUUUUGGCAGGGCCUGGUCUGCGUGUUCACGGAGGAGAUGGCAGUUGAGGAUGAAUGCUGGGAGGUACUCUCCUAGCUGACUUAGAAGGGGCCUGUUGUGCAGGAGGAAAGGGAGUCAUACAUUAACUCAAAUGGGCCGAGGAAGGAGGGUGCUUUUGGGCUGGCUCUGAUAUGUGCUAGGGCUAUGGGCAGAAGGGAGGGCCGGGGUUGCUGGACGUCAGGAGUGAGUUUUUGACUGAGUCUUGUUUUUGAUCUUUACCCAGCUCCCUUGGAAGGAGGCCCCUUGUAGCAGGGAAGAUUCUUCAGUGGGGGAACGUUGGGGGUGGAUUGCGGGGAUAAUGAAGAGGAAAGGAGCAGGCGCAGAAGAAAUGGAGGCUGUUUUGGCUGCCUCCCCAGCCUUUCUGUUUCCUCUUGUCAUCUGACCCUGUUUGAUGUCCCCGACACUGCAUAACUCCUGCCUUAGCUGGGAGGUGUGCAGCUUGGAGAAGUUGGUAAAUAAGGGGCCACUAGUGACGGGGGUUCCUUUGACGGUAAGGAAUCCUCUCUUGCCAGGUGGCGGCGUUAAGAAUGGAGAAUGUGACAGGCAUAUUUAAACUGGGUACAAAUGUUGACUCUUGCCUUUGGAGAGGUUCGGGCCCUGGUGAGAGCUGUAAGUUCCCCCUUGGGGAGGAGGUCCCUGGGGCAGGGGUUUGGCGUCAAUUACUUGGUCAAGGAACAACUGCAUGCCUGGCAUUUGCUGACUUGAAAGAGGAACCAUCUAUGAAUAACUGGUCCUCAGGAUCGUGAGAGGUUCAGGGGAGAUCGGAGGGAAUGGUGCUGUAGGAUGUCAGUACAGGAGCGGGUGGGAGGGGAGGAAAACACUGAAGUAGGGACACAGGACUGAGGGGAGCACUUUGGAGAGGCGGCUCUCAGGGUGUUCAAGGAAGAGGGCGUGGGGUAGUUGGAUCCACGGAGAAAGUGUACUCAGUGCUCGGGAGGGGAGGAGACCCUGUGGAUUGUGUGGGCUGUGGACUGCGGUGUCUCAGUGGACUGGUAGUUUCGUGCUUUCGAAGGCUCGGAUGGUGGCUGCUGCUGCGGCUCCGAGGCAGGUGGGCCACGCUUCGGCAGUGUAGUCUAGUUGUUCAGAUAGGUAAGCUAUGGGAGAGAGGAAAGGGGACUUCCUUUUCUUUCAACACCAAGGGCUAUUCCAUGGUUUUGGGCUGUGUAGAGAAUGAAAGGCUGAGAAAUGUCAGGCAAAGGCAGAGCAGGAGCAGUUACAAGGGUGGCUGUAGCUGUGUGGAAGCUAGGGACUAUGUCAUGUGAAGGAUUUGGAGGCUCAUCGAGAGGGCCUUUAGCUGCUUCACAGAGGGUGCGGGUUAGGAGGGAAUAAUUGGGAAUCCAUACAUCCUUAGAGGUGAGUGGGGGCAGGCUGUGUACCAGUCAGUGCUGCCCGUGCUGGGGUUGUGGCUUGGGCCCUAUGGGAGAGCUGAACUCCUAAGCAUGUCGGUGUUGGAGCUGAGAGUUGGGCUUUGGAGGGGGAAAUCCUACAUCCUUUACUAGCAAGAAAGUUUACGAGGGUAAUAGUGUGAGUCUGAGAGCCCUAUAGGGAGGAGUUCAUUUACGUGCUGGAGGAGCUGGCUAGGGAUGAGGUCAAGGGAGGUCAGGUCUUGAGCUAGAGCUUGUCCAAAGAAACGGGGCUCUCUCUAAAGCUUUGGGGGAAGACUGUCCAAGUACCUUGGCCUGACUGGAGAGUUUCAGGGUGAGUCCAAAGGAAAGCAAAGAGAUUUUUGGAGUCAGCAAGAAAAGAAAUGGUUUUUUUUGUUUGUUUGUUUAUUUUUAAAGGCAUCUUUCAGGUUUAUUUCAGAGUCAUGUGUUGUGUCUGGAGAGAUGAGAAAAAAGGAGUAUAUAAGGAUUGGGAACCACCGAAUGAAUGGAAGGACUGCCCGAUUGCUAGUCCGGAAAUCACAGACCAGCCGAUAGGUGGGUCCUAAGCCUUGCAGGUGUGUUAAUGAGAUGGGAUACUCAGAGACAUUAGGACAUUGGAGGGGUCUUUUAGCUGGAUGGUGAUGGGGUCAUGGCGAGCUGCUAGAGAAGGGGUAGUGGUGUCCCACACUACGGGAUUAACAAGAGACGUGGGGAGCGGACACUGCGGGAGGGGUCGACGUCUGGUGUGGUAUUGGAGUAGGAGAGAAUCUGGUUGUGGGGAACAGAAAAGGUGAUGGAAGCUUUGAAUUUGGUUAGAGAUCUGCCUAGGAUGGAGGAAGGGCAAUGAUGCAUGGUAAGGAAAGGGGGGAGAAAACAGUAUGAAAUAGGGAAGAGGUGUGGUGGCAGGUGGGCACGAGGUGAGUCCAUCAGCCCCAGCUGAGAGCUGAGAGCAAUGAAUGGUUCCUGAGAAUUCAGGCCAAGCCGAAUGUUAGCCCAGUACCGAUUUACCUGCUACUAGCAGUUACCCUGGGCUCUGAGGCAGUAACGGCAGAGGGGGCUGGGGGCCCUGGGCCUCGCCAGGCUUCAGCAGCUAGGCCGAGGGGCUGCGGGAGUGCGGUCAUGCUUCACUUUUCUUCUUGCUGAAGAGGUGGUGGCGCUGAGGCGCAAGCUUUUCUGUCUGUUGAGGACAUUAGACUUCCAGUGGCCUGUCUGUUGGCAAAGCGGGCAAGGGGAUUCUGGCACUCAUGGGUUUGGACAUGCCUGCGCCCAGUGGCCUUCUUUGCUGCACUUUAAACAAGGCCCCGGAGAGCCCCUGCUAUUGGGUCAUUUGUGCCCUUGGGUGCUGUGGCUGGGCUGAUGGACAGCUGCAGCUAGAAGCUGGUAUUUGGCAUGAUUUUGGGGACUUUGUCUAAUUUCCUUUCCUCGUCCCUGUUGUUGAAGACUCUGAAAGCCAGGCUAAGGAGGUCUGGUGGGGUUUGAAGACCAUCUUCAGCCUUUUUCAGUUCGUGCCAUGGCAGAUUGGGAGAUAAAAUGGGUAUUAAGACCAGUAGUUUCUUCUGGGGAGGCAGGGUCAACAUGAGUGUGUUUUUGGAGAGCCUCUAAGGCAGAAAAGGAAUUAGGCAGAAUUUUCAUCUGGUUUUUGGGAAAUUUCUUUUUUUUUUUUUUUUUUUUUUUCAACGUUUAUGCCUUAUGGGCAGUUUUAUUUCAUUUUUUUUUUUUUUUUUUUUGAGACGGAGUUUUGCUCUUGUUACCCAGGCUGGAGUGCAAUGGCGCGAUCUCGGCUCACCGCAACCUACACCUUCUGGGUUCAAGCAAUUCUCCUGCCUCAGCCUCCUGAGUAGCUGGGAUUACAGGCACGCGCCACCGUGCCCAGCUAAUUUUUUUUUGUAUUUUUAGUAGAGACGGGUUUUCACCAUGUUGACCAGGUUGGUCUCGAUCUCAACCUCGUGAUCCACCCACCUCGGUCUCCCAAAGUGCUGGGAUUACAGGCUUGAGCCACUGCAUCUGGCAUCUCUUUUCAAUCUCUUAGGUGUUUGCCUCCAUUUCCCAUCACAUUCUGGUCUAAGGCUUAUUUAUUAGUAAAAUGGUUUUUAUUUCUUUCUCUCUUAUUUUGUAGUGGAGAUGAUUUCUCAUUUGGGGAAAUACUUUGUUUUCAAUUAUAUUUUCUCAGCAUUUACAAAGUGAAAUAAAGAGUGUUUCUUGGGCCAGACACUCUGGCUCAGGACUGUAAGCCCAGCACUUUGGGAGGCAUAAGCAGCUGGGUCAGUUGAAGUCAGAAGUUCGAGACCAGCUUGGCCAGCAUGGUGAAACUCCUUUACCAAAAAUACAAAAAUUAGCUGGCCAUGGUGGUGAACUCCUUAAUGUCAGGUACUCUGGACGCUGAGGAAGAAGAAUUGGUUCAGCCCAGGAGGCAGAGGCUGCAGUGAGCCGAGAUCUCACCACUGCACUUUAGCCUGGCGAUAGAGAAAUACUUUAUCUCAAAAAAAAAAGGGGGGGGGGGGAAGUAAAUACAAAAGAGAAAGUAGAUCUCUUCUACACAAAUGUGCUGAACACUAACUGGAUAUCCACAUGGAAAAGAAUAAUGUUGGAUCCCUAUGUCACACCAUCAAAAAUUUUGUUUAAAAAAGUUUUAGAGGGAGAGACGAGGAAGAAAGUCCUGCUGGAGGGAGUGUUACUUUGCUGCUUCCAGGAAUUGUCAAAAAAACAAUUCCACGACUUUUGAAUUAUGCCUUACCGUUCCUGGUCGUUUUCGCCUCCAAAACCUGAAAAAGGCACUGGGAGCCAGGCUGAGAGAUGCCCGGUCCUGGCCCCGCCCUCUGCCGGUGCUAAAGGGGGAGGUCUCUCCGCCUGGCGCCCCGCCCCUACCUCGCCAGGCCCCGCCCACCCCUCGAGUCUCGCCCAGGCCCCCGCAGCCCCUCGAGGGUCUCUCCAAGGCCCCGCCCACCCCUCGAGUGUCGCCCAGGCCCCCGGACCCCCUCCAGAGUCUCUUCGAGGCCCCGCCCACCCCUCGAGGGUCUCGCCCAGGUCCCGCCCACCGCACGAGGGGCUCGCCCAGGCCUGGCUUCCUUCCUGUGGACCCGGAAGCAGGUCGCGCGAAGUCAACGUUCCACAGAGACGGUUUGAAAUACCUGCAGUUCUGGUAGAUGUGACUGGACGUUUAAUCCAAGCUGGCUUUUAAUAGGGAAAAGAGUGUGUGUGGCUCAUGGCUCAGGCCCAUGCCGACCAUUUUCAUCGGCAAGACCCUACUCAACCAACAGGGGCCGCCGCCAUCCCCCAGGAAGAACCAGCCUGAGAAUAUCAGCCCACAGAUCCAAGGCUAUCUAGUCACCGGCCGGUGCGGCGGCUCACGCCUGUAAUCUCAGCACUUUGGGAGGCUGAGGUGGGUGGAUCACGAGGUCAAGAGAUCAAGACCAUCCUGGUCAACAUGGCGAAACCCCGUCUCUACUAAAAAUACAAAAAAUUAGCUGGGCAUGGUGGUGUGUGCCUGUAAUCCCAGCUACUCAGGAGGCUGAGGCAGGAGAAUUGCCUGAACCCAGGAGGCGGAGGUUGCGGUGAGCCGAGAUCGCGCCAUUGCACUCCAGCCUGGGUAACAAGAGCGAAACUCCGUCUCAAAAAAAAAAAAAGUAUCCAGUCACCAAAUGAUCACUUGCCUUAUUGCAGUCCUUAAUAGGGCCACCCAUAAGGCUGUACAUUUUGAAAAACUCAAAGAAAUUUCCCAAAAGGCAGAUGAAGCUUCACUGCUACAGCAAGGGGCCUCCUUCCAAGGGAACUGGAUAGUCAAUGAUCAAAAACUCAUCUUUUCUGAAGAACAAACCAAGGAAAUUCUAAUAUCUCUUCACCCACCCUUCCAUAUCAGUGCACGCCCCUGUACCUUCUCUUCCCCCCACCUACUUACCACACUCAAGGACAUAACCUCAAACUCUCACGUAUGCUCUGCACUUCCCUCCUCAUCCCCACACAUCAGCUGAGAGGAUCACUCCCAGGAAAACACUGGUAAGCAGACUUCACUCACAUGAUUUCUUCCUAACCUCAUAGAUACCUUAUCUGGGUGGGUGGAAGCAUUCCCCACUUCCUCGGAAAAGGCUGCAGUCGUUUCCCAAAUACUUUCUACAGCAAUCAUCCCUAGCUGUGGUCUCCUGCGCUCCAUUCAAUCAGACAACGGCCCUAGCUUCGUCUCCCAAAUUGCCCAACAAGUCCCUCGCUGUCCAGUGGCGCCUCCAAACCCCUACCAAUCCCAGUUAUCAGGAAAAGUUGAAAGGGCAAAUAGGAUCCUUAAAACUCAGUUAACCAAACUCACUCUUGAAGUACAAAAGCCCUGGACCUCCCUUCUGCCCAGACUCCUCGCCCACAUCAGAGCCAGCCCAAAAGCAUCCUCCUCAUUCAGCCCAGCUGAGUUAACAAACGCCCUUUCCUCUUAUAAAACAGGCCCCUUCCUCGCAGCUAGGAGAGUACCUCCCAACACUCUCACGCAUCUGACGCCUCCUCCGUGAACACAGUGACCAAAGCCUCACGAAGGCCCAGUUAACCAGGCCCUCCUCCCAGGAGAAUGUUUUCCUAGACCUUGAUCACACAAGCCUUAACCAAAACGGGAAGGCCCCGUUCAGAUUCUCCUCACAACCCCCACUGCAGCCAAACUCUUAGGACACACUUGUUGCAGGUUAAAAAGGGACCCCCGAGGCCCCCACUGGCUUGUCAACUCCCUCCUCCUCAACCACCCAUCAAUACUCAGCAUCAUGAUGGGCCAACCCAACUCCACUUCACACCCAUUCCAGAGCAAAUGCCACCAGAUAAUUAAGCAAAACUACUCUGUUCCUGCUCCAAAGAGACCUGGUAAACAACUGUUGGCUGUGCCUCCCCAUCCCGGACGCUGCCUACACUGCCCCGGUCCCCACCCAAGACUGGCUACACACCAAAGUAACCUAUCACCCCCGAUUUCAACCAGGGGGCCCUUUCCAGUAUGAUUUACAACAAUGAAUACGCGUUCUGAUUGCUUUAUGGAGCGUGUCAACCCCAAACCUUCACCAGACAGGCAGCUCUUUCUCCCCUAAUAAACCCCAUCACCACACACAGCCCUGCUCUCUUAGAUGCCACUUCCCAGCCAGCCAUUAUUAGGCCACCUACUCCCCCAGCAGUGUGACUUCACCCACAACUCCAACCCUCCACAAUCACAUAAACCAAAACACUCAAUGCUGCGCUCUGCUUCUCAAGCCCUUCCAAACUCAACGCUACUCCUUAAUGAGAAGUCAGGUUUCUGUAACGGCAGACACACUCCCUGCUUAAACCUUCACCCCUGGCCUAUCCUCCUCUGAUGCCAAGCCACCCGAGACCCAAGACUGCCUCCUCCCCCAUCCUUCACCAAUAACUCCUCUCACUGGAUCCUAGUCGAUACAAAAUGCUUCCUCCUCCACUGGGUAAAUAAAAAACCACAGACUACCCAACCCACUCCCGAUGCACCUCUUCAACCACUCACCGCAGCUGCCCUAGCAGGGACUUUAGGAGUACGGCUUCCAAAGGACAAAAAAUUUACACACCAUGUUAACAUGCACAGUGAGAUCUGCCUGCCAAGCCAAGGCGGCUUCUUCCUAUGCGGUGCCUCCCUUCGUAUCUGCCUUCUUACCAACUGGACUGGCGCCCGCACCUUAGUCUUCCCUCCCUAAAAUCAGUAUCACCCCAAGAAACCAAUCCUUGCCUAUCCCGGCUGACACCCCACCCGACACCAGAGCAAUACUGUUUAUACCCUUGCUUCUAGAAAUAAGAAUAGCCAGACUAUCCCCACCUCCCUUUCACUCUACACUCUUUCCAAAAACCUCAGACAGUAUGGAAGACACAGCCAAAUCCAUUUCAACACUCCAAACACAUUCACCAGUGGCAGGUGUCCUGCAAAAUGACAGCGUCCUCGAUCUCCUUAACCACCAAACAAGGAUGUCUCUGCAUUUCUUUUUUUUUUUUUUUUUUUUUUUUGGUAUUUUUAGUAGAGACAGAGUUUUGCCAUGCUGCUCAGGAUGGUCUUGAUCUCCUGACCUCGUGAUUUGCCCACCUUGGCCUCCCAAAGUGCUGGGAUUACAGGUGUGAACCACUGCACCCGGCCAGCCCCUGCAUUAUUUUUUUAGAUGAACAAUGCUGUUUUUAUCUCAACCAAUCUGGACUAGUACAAAAUGUGCUCAAAAGACUCAAAGGCUGAGCCCAAAAACUAAAAACAAUCCUUCUGUCUAGCCGAGCUGGUCUCUCGCUCUGGGGCCCCCUGGCUACUUCCUCCCCUGGGCCUGCUGCAACCCUCCCCCUCUUAGUCUUGGUCGCACUCCUAUUACGCCUUCUCACCCAGUGUCCACAGAAUCGAACACAAGCUUUUCCCCGUAGUACGAUAUGAGACAUAAUGUUCCAUGACUACCAGCCUGAAAGCCAGCAUCAUCCAACGCCCCUGCUGAGCACGAAGCGGCUAGAAAAAAACAACGCCCCUUAUACCUUUCUUGCAUGUAUAUAACGAAAGACUGGAAACAUUAGGAUCACAUGACAGGCCCAUAGAUCUCCCCCACAUUCACCCCUAUUAAGCCAAGCUUAUAGCAGAAACAGCCUCAGGCCUUGUAAACAGGGCACCGAGGUUUCAGGAUGUGGUUGCACCUGACUCUAGAACCCGGGUUGUUCACCCCAAUGGACAACUAUCAGCCCUAACAACCUAAUAUGGUUUUACUGGGAACAGCAUCUGGCCACAAGCAAACUCCCGUAACCCGUGUAGUCUGUAAGCCAGGCUGCUGCCUUCCCUGCCUAUGGCGAGGCAGCCUGGCAGGCUGAAUAAACUUGCUAAACUUGA